UUUAAUAGAUACAUUUAAUAACAACAACAUUUAUAUUGACUACAAGAAGAAUUUAUUGUUGCAGGGUGUUAUGGAUGUGCUGAGUCUUUCUGGACUCAAAUGGAAGUCUUCUACUAUGAGACUGGUAACACUUCACUUAUUCAUAGUCCUAUCCCAUUGUCAGACACCCCCUUCCCCAUCACUUCCAGUCCGGGUCACUGUUCCCUCACCAUGGCAGUCUCUCCCCCUCUCUCAGGCUGAUCUGGGCCUUCUCUUCUCCAACUCCAGCCCCUUCACCUCCACCCAGUCCCUGUUGCUCAUGCCUCCAUCAGGAACAGCCUCCAAACCUCUUCUCCGAGCUGUAUUUGGUUCCUACACCAUCACUCAAGUGAUGUCUGAACCCAUUCCUCCCCUGACUCCAUCUCUCACUGCAUCACUGCUUUCUAAAACCAUCGUGAAAGAGAAGGAGGGUGACAGAGGAGAGCGGUUUAAGGUGCAAGUGCUGUUUCAUAUGAGGGGUGAUGCUAAAAGAGGAACCUGCGUUACUCUUCAUGCUUUCAAACAGACAGAAGAACAGAAAGCUUCCUGCAUCACUCAGCCACCUUUUGGGUUGUGUGUGGUCACUCUGACACUUUCAAACGACUGGUUUGAGCCUAUUCAGAACAUCAAGGCAAACCUGGACCAGAUUUUCAAGCAACGUCACCUGAGCAGAAACCGCUCUCGUUCUCGUAACCGUGGGAGAAGGCAUCCGUAUUUGCCAGGAGGACUCAGGGGCCAGUCUGACCAAAUUCAGCUCUACUACUCUUCCUUUGGCUUUGUGUCCAAUCCUAAAGGCGGACCCCCUCGAUGUGUGGAGGAAGUAAUGCAGCAGUCCGAGAGGAAGUUGUACUAUAUUGGUCCUGUAGGACUUGAAGAUCAACAGAUCAACAAGACCGUGCAGAGCUCUGCAUGUUUAGACAGACAAGCGGAAGAGAAACUUUGGUUGGAUUCCAAUGUGCUGGUUGUCUACAGCAAAGGGCCUGUAAAAGCUGGGCAACCAGUCAGAGUGUCAGUAAACCUGAGGACAAAUUUGAGUGUGGAGUCACUGACCAUUAGACUGAAAGUGAAAAAAGGGUUGUUGUCCUUAGAGGUCCACCCAGUCACAAACUCUGAGCUGUGGAUGGUUAAUGUAGAAAGGACAACAGGUUCAAAACAUGAUGUUAUUUCCAUCAUUAGCCACAGCACUGGUACUCUUCCAGACAGCACUGGCACUUCUACUCUAAGCCAGGUAUCCUGUCUCUCAUUUGAGGCUUUACACAGAAACUUUGGCGUGGCAAUGACUGUCACUGCUAGCUGGUGGGUGGAGUACUCAACACGCAAGUUUGCAGUAUCACCACACGGCACAGCGACAAGCUUUUUCUCCUUUACUGACAGAGAAGUGGUGGGCAUUGCCCCCAUCACAGAGAGCAACACAAUUAUCAACACAGCUAUCUUGACGAGCCAGCCUGUGUCACUUCCUGUCAUUGUCCUAGCAGUGGGCCUUGAUGGUAAAGUAUCAGAUGUGACCACAGCGGUGAAGUGUCAUUCAGCCAAUGAAGAAAUCGUCAAGGUGUCUCAUGAUUGCUCUGUGCUUUUUGUGGAUGGGAGUGAAUCAGGCAGGGGCAGCAUCUGUGUGGAGCUGGAGUUUUCUUUGGGAAUGCACAGUGGCUCUUUGUGCUUGGCUGUGUGGGCUCCUGUAGUUCCACUGCGUGUGUUUCUCUCUGAUUCUGUCCUGAGUCCCAUCAAAGGCUGGACCUACUUCAGUGAGAGCAGGUGUGAACCAGUUUAUCAGAGGUCCACUAUACAGAUUUUGGCACAAUUCAGUGCCCAAUCAGCAACUCAAGGCCAACCAAUCUACAUGCUUGGAUCACCGGAUUGGUUUGUGGAUGUGACUGAACUUGUCCAAGACUGGCUGAGGAUAGAAAACCCAUAUAUUGCAGCUCUUGAUAAACAAAAACAUCUAAUUGGCUUGACGCCUGGAAUUACAUCAUUAUAUGUUGUGAUAUCAAGUCAGUGGGAUGGAGUGCUUGGAAGAGCUAAUGUCAUUGUAUCCUCUGAAGCAGUCACUCCUGGUGACCUCUCCGUUCAGUUGGUGGGAGGGCUUGGCCUGUCCAUUAAUUCCAGCCCAUCUCAUCCGUCUAUUGUCACAGCAACUGUUAAUGCUCACAACACACUCUAUAACCACGGGCAAGAAGCAUCCAUCAGUGUUUGGAUCCAGUUUGAUGAUGACACCACCAUACCUGUAAAUGCCUAUAGUGGGAUCCCCUAUACUCUCCGGCUCUCCUCUUUGGCUGAGUCCGUGGUUGCUGUGACACCUGCUCCAUCUCAGCGCAUUUUAGCACAAGGUGAUGGCGGUGGGCCUCUUGUGAAAGCCGAGCUUCUGGUUUCCACCUGUGAACCAACAUUUAACCACGUUGAACCAGAAGUAAUCCAAAAAGGAGGUGAAGCAAAAAGAUUGGCUAAAGGCUCUGGCUGGAUAAGGGUGAAUCUGAACAUGGACUUUUGGCCAAUGGGAAGUGAGGAAACCAACUUUGAGAUGCAUGAUGUGACUGAUAUGUUUGUCGACUCUAACAAGGAUCUGUAUGAUAACUUUGAAGAUCAACAAAUGACGGUAAAUUCCACAAUUGACUAUGAUGUUGGUAAUGAUGUGUUCAGAAGAAAUGACUUGGAGCAGGCGGUUUUGAUUCCCAACCAUGAAGAGAGUGCCGUGUAUUUAUCCCCUGGAGUGGAAAAAGGCAGGAAAGAGGUUAAAACUGCUGAUAGACAAGUAGAGAUUGGCAUUGGGGCUGUCCUUUCUCUUCUCUGUCUCUCUUCUCUCCUUUUCCUGGUCAACUGCCUGCCAUGUGUUUUGAGAGAACAGAGGAACAGAGAAAGACGCGAGGGAGAUGUAAUAGACACUGUGGAGGAAGAUGGAGAAACUGGAGAAGAGCAAGAAGAGAAAGCAGAGGGAAAACAGUGUAGUGAAGUGGUAACAGGAAAGGACAGAGGGGAAAGGAAAUGACUUUUUGACUUUCAGAAUACCACACAUUGCAUAUUAACUUGUGUAUAUCCUGGAAAAAGUCAAUAAAUCUUUAUUUGCCCUUUACAGUUAUAUAAUUAUAGUACUGACCAUCAGUCUGAGAGAUGUAGUAUUAUGGUAAUGUAAAUGAUGUAUUUUUUGUUAUUUUUUUUUUUUUUUCAUUAUUUUAAAGUCAUCAGUACAGGAAAGGAUAUAUGCUCAUAAUCACGCAUUAAACAAAACAUGGAUACCGCACAAUAUUAAUCUAACAAACUUUUUAUGAUCUGAAAUGAUAACUUAAAGUCACACUUGAAGGGUUUUUAGACUUUUUUACACCACUCAAAUAUUAAAUAAAGGUGAAAAAGAUUCAAACGUUCAUGUUCUUUUCCUAAAACAAGGGGUUGGCAGUGUUGAGUCAUACAGAUAAAAUUUAGAGGACUUUAUUACAAUAAUACAACUGAUGUGAUUCUUAUUCAUGCCGAUUAAGGUUACCAUGAUAACGUUAAGUGCAGUUCAUUUAGUUUCAACUAGAAACGUCUUUAGACC